UCAACUGAACAAGGUCUAAAUGAAAGAGAAUCCUCUGUCCAAAGUUUCAACAUCGUCUAAAUGAAAGAGAAUCCUCUGUCCAAAGUUUCAACAUCCCAACAUGGCUACAAAAACCCAUCCAAAGCUUGCAGGCAAAUUAAGCGGCAACGACACACCAACCUGGCACUAGCAGUAGCAGCACACGCACCCUCCCAGCAAGCAACGAUGGCGGCGAGGCUUGUCUCCGUCUCCGUCUCCGUUCCCCUCCUCCUGCUCGUCGUUGUCCUGGCCGGCUCCCGCGCGGCGCUGGCCUCCGAGACCGUGGACCAGACCUGCGCCAAGGCCACGUCGGGCGCGCAGCACAAGGAGCAGCUGGCGUCCUUCUGCGUGUCGUCGCUCCAGGCGGCGCCCGGCAGCGAGGGCGCCGACGCGCGCGGCCUUGCCGCCAUCGCCACCAACCUGACGCUGGCCAACUACACGGCCGCCGUGGCCACCAUCAAGGAGCUGGAGCGGCGGGGAGGCUGGCCCGAGCGGUCGCGGCGCGCGCUGGCCACGUGCCGCCAGCGGUACAUCGAGGCGCUCAACGUCGUGCACAGCGCCGUCCACGCGCUCGCCACGGGGAGGUUCCGGGACUACGUGUCCGACAUGGAGGUCGUCCGGAAGGCGGCGUCCGAUUGCGAGGACGCGUUCGGCGGCGCCGGCGGGAACGGCAUGUCGCCGCUGCGGAAGGUGGACGACGACGCCGACAACCUCACCGUGGUGGCCAUGCUCAUCGUCAGAUCCCUCGGUAAUUAAGGGCGGAUCGAGGCGGAGGCCAUUGGUGUUGCGUUACCUUGCAAUUGUAGGCAAAUAAUCAAAAUGUCCUCUUGAGGUUCUUGUGUGAUGUGCCAAUCAAUGAGACUAUGGAUCAGAUAAUACUUCACUGACAGUAUUACUUGUACGAGCCUGAUUUGAUAUUUCGUCCAUUCUAAUGGUCUUGUUUGGCUGGUGUUGUCUA